AUGAAGGUCGCCCCUGAGAGCCCCGACAAGGAGAAGACGUGCGAGCUCCCCAACGGGAACAUCAUAAUCGUGGGCAGCGAGCGCUUCCGCUGCACAGAGGUGUUCAUCCAGCCUGGAUUUGUGGGCACGGAAGACAGUGGCGUCCACGACACCGCGUUCCAGUCGACCAUGCAGUUCGAUGUCGAUAUCCGCAAGGACCUGGAUGCCAACGUGGCGAUGUCUGGUGGCGCCGCAAUGUUCCCAGGCAUCUGCAAGCGCAUGGCUAAGGAGCCGAUGGCACUGGUUCCUUCCACAUUGGAGAUCAACAAGGGCGUGGCCCUGCCCGAGCGCAAGUAA